UUUCCUGAAGGAACCUGCCGUUAGCGAGCUGCGUUGAUCCAACAAGCCCCGAGUGCCGUUGGAACCGCAGAGGGGCAAAAAUGAAGACGGCAACGAUAACCGUUUUGCUGUUUACUUUGGCAACGAGCCAUGCCAUGAUUAGAGGGCGGGAUUACAUGAAAGAAAAAGUCUGUCAAGAAUUCAACGCCUUAGGGAAACAAAAUUUUCGAGUUGGAGCAAUUAUCGCAAGCAGCAGAAAAUAUUCCAACGCCACAUACGAGGAAAUCAUAAAUCUGGCAAACGAAAUUCUCUCUAUUGCCGAAAAAUGCUGCCCGGAAGGAGCCGAUCCUGAUUGCUAUGAGAAUGAAUCUUUAGCUCUCUCUGCCAAAUCCUGCAGCGAGACGGCUCCUUUCCCCAAGCACUCGGGGAUAGCGGCCUGUUGUUUGGAGGAAGGUCUGGAGCGAAAGCUGUGCCUGGCCGCCUUGAAACACUCUCCUAAGGAGUUCCCGACACAUGAGGCGCCAUCGGAUGACGAAGUCUGCGAGGCCUUCGUGAAGGAUCCCCCGGGCUUUGCAGACAGUUACCUCUAUGAGUAUUCCACAGACAAUAGCCACGCUCCGUUGCCCGUCCUGGCUGCCUCUGCCAAGAGCUACUUAUCGAUGAUCGCAUCAUGCUGCAUUUCUGCCCAGCCUGGUCUCUGCUUCUUAAAAGAGAAGUUGAACAGGAGGUCUGCCGCGAUGCUCACCCAAAUAUCCAACAAAAUAUGUUCCCACUAUGAAUUGCUGGGGGAAAAAAGAACCAAGUUCAGCUAUAUCAUAAAGUUUGCCCAGAAAAGUACCAAUGCUUCCUUCGAGGAUGUCCUAGCUCUGGCCACAGAUGCUUCAGACGUGUUUUCCAGGACCUGCAAUUCAACAACCGAUGACAGCUUCCAGAGAGAGUUGCUGGAGCAUACCACCAAAAUCUGCAGUAAACUGUCUGCCAAAGAUGAAAGAUUUGAGGAGUGUUGUAGAGAUGGAAACAUGCUGAGGGCAUAUUUCUGUAUUUAUUCGCUCCCGUGGGCCAAAUCUCCGCAUCUUCCUGAUUUUCAAAAACCAGCAGAUGAAGACAUUUGCACCGAAAAAAGAUUUCAAGAAACAUAUCGCUAUUUAUUUGAGAUUGCUCGGAGGUAUACCUAUGCCCCAGAAGCGCUUUUCUCAACGCUCAUUGAGUCUUCCAAAAUUUUGAUGAACAGAUGCUGCAAUGAAACCAACCCCAAAGCUUGUCUUGUUGAAAAGAGACCAAAAGUGAGGGAGCAAAUAUUUAAUUUGCUGGAAAAAGGAAACGAAUUGUGUUCUGAAUAUACCCAUCUUUCAUUCCUUGAAUUCAAGAAAAAGCUAAGAGAGACCUACCAGAAGUCACUGCCUGAGGCCACCGAAGAAGUCCUUUCCAACCUGGUGGAGCAGCGGUCCAAGUUUGCCUCCACCUGCUGCCUCUUGAACACACCUCCAGUAUAUUGCGGCUUGCAGGUUAAAAGUGGAGUUUUUCAUACAUGUACCGGUGAUGUAUGCUUAUUGCAUUGAGGAUAAGAACACUGCACACACAUGCUCCAAAAAAACACCUUAGGAUAGCCUCGAGGUCUUCUGUGUACAUCUGACCAAACAGGAAACGGGUCACUUUCCUGAGACGAGCAAGCCCCUGUUACCCUGGGCCAUCUGUGCUGGCAUCCGGAAUCAUCAUUCCUUCCUACAGAGGCAGACUGAAAAUCCUAAUAAAGUUACAAGGAGUAUUUCA